AUGGCAAGCGACGCAGGAAUCGACGUCGCCCAGCUCUCCGCUGAGCAGCAGUCCGCGCUCGAGCAGUACACUCAAGUCACCGCCCAAGAACUCAAGGACGCCGUGCCGCUGCUUGAACGGUCGCAAUGGAACGUGCAGAUAGCCAUCGCCAAGUUCUUUGAUGGGGAAGGUCCGGACCCUGUCGCGGAAGCCAUGGCCGCCCAGGACCACAUCCCCCAACAGCCGGCCAGGCACGAGAACCUGCAAGAGAGCUUGAUGGCCUCCUCGAGCCCCUUCAGCCGACCAACACCGCGAAGCAGGCCUGAUCCCGCCCCGCGAAUCGUGCCUCCGUCCUCUACCACACACCGCAUGCCCUUCCUCCUCGCCAUACUCUUUGCUCCCUUUAGCUACGGGUACAGAGCAGUCUCGACGCUCUUCCGCAGCUUCAUGUACAUAUUCAUGUUUCUCCCUCCGUCGAUACGACCACGACAGAUAACAACAACCAUGACGAGCGGCUUCAGAGGUACGGCCGGACGGCGCAUGUUGAUGCCGCGAGACACAGCCUCCAGAUUCAAGCGCGAGUUCGAGGAAGAGUAUGGAAAUACCAGCUUGCCUUUCUACGAGGGUGGCUUUGCGCAAGCGCUGGACCUAGCCAAGAAGGACCUCAAGUUCCUCUUGCUGGUCCUCAUGUCACCCGAACAUGAUGACACCGAGUCGUUCACGAGGGACACGUUACUUUCACCCGAAGUGGUCAGCUUUAUCAACGACCCGGCGAAUAACAUCAUAUUAUGGGGAGGCAACGUCUUGGACUCGGAGGCGUACCAAGUGGCAGCAGAGUAUAACUGCACAAAGUACCCAUUUUCGUGCCUAAUCUGCCUCACGCCGAAGGAGGGUAGCACUAGGAUGAGCAUAGCAAAGAGACUAGUCGGCCCGCUUUCCUCGUCCACCUAUCUCGCCGAGAUUCAGACCGCAAUCAACAAGUACUCUCCCGAUCUGGCAGGAGUCCGCGCCGAACGCACCGCCCAAGAGGUAUCGCGGAGUCUGCGGACCGAGCAAGAUUCGGCGUAUGAGCGCUCACUCGCCAAAGAUAGAGAGCGGGCACGAAAGAAGAAAGAAGCCGAGGCCGAGGCAGCUGCAGCGGAAAAGAGAGCUCAGCAGGAGGCCGAAGCAGCCGAACAACGCGCACAGCAAAAGGAACAGUGGAGGCAGUGGCGGGCAACCAGCAUUCCCGCCGAGCCCGAAGCCAGCGCAAAAGACGUCGUGCGCCUUGCGCUGAAAAUGCCCGAGUCCUCCGGUACGGGUCGUAUAGUGCGCAAGUUCGCCAACGAGACCACUAUGGAAGAGCUGUACGCAUUCGUGGAGUGUUAUGACCUUCUCGGCGAUGAGUCCCUCGUUACCAACGAAAAGACGUCCGAGCCAGAGGGCUACACGCAUGACUACAAGUUCCGUAUUGCCUCGCUCAUGCCACGGAAAGUCUACCAGCCGGAAAAAACCGCAACGCUGGGCGAGGAGAUUGGCAAGUCCGGCAAUCUGAUUGUGGAAGCCGUCUCCACUGAAGAGGAGGAAUGA